UAGUCACUGGGUGCCUAAGCAAGUCCGAGUGACUUUUCUUGCACUGUUCAGGCGUAGCUAAAAGUCAUGAUUGUGUUUUUUUUCCAGCAAUAAGCUGCAGCGUAUCAUGUCAGCUUCAACAAGGACUCUGCACAGCGCCUCCCAGCAGUCGACUUUGGUGUUUAGCUGAGCAGCAAAAAUAAACAAAGAAAGAAAUCCUCCACUUUUCAGCGAUGAUGAAUGGUCAAUCAUUUAAAUUUUGGUCUUUGGUGCUGGUGAUAUCGGCCAAUAUUAUCUUUUUUAUUCUGUUCUUGGAAAACUCAGCAAGAGAAAAAACUUUAAAUUACAGCUUGAUGGCCAUGUCAAGAACUUACAAAGCGAGCGGAGAAGACAAGCUGCAGCACACUGGUGAAUUAUUACAAAAGAAGGGAGAAUUGACUGAAACAAAUACAACAGCGCUGACAUCUGAUCCAGUUAUUACCUCUUCUUCUGAAACUCCUAUUCCUAUGAUUUUGAAAAAGUUUUUCAAGAAGCUUCCUCAGUGGAGCUUUGAGGAUAUUUACAACUUGGAUGCUCUGCCUAGACCUAUGACUUGUCCGCAGUCUCUGCGUAACUCCCAGGACGAGGACUUCCGGAAAGCUUUCCUUCCCAACAUUCGCAUGUUUCUGCACAAAGACAACUUCAACAUGAGAGAGUGGAACCGGCUCUCACAUUUUAAUAAUCCGUUUGGCUUUAUGCAAAUGAAGCAUGAUGAUGUAAUGCCUGUUGUGAAGCUGAUCGCAAAGCCCAAAGAGCCGCUGCUCCUCCCUAAACCAGGCGGGGACGGCUGCAUCCGCUGCGCCGUGGUGGGAACGGGCGGCAUCCUGAACGGCUCAAAGAUGGGCGCCGAGAUUGAUGCUCACGACUACGUGUUUCGGAUGAACGCCGCGGUGGUUGAAGGUUAUGAGGAAGACGUCGGAAACAGAACAUCCGUUUAUAUUCACACUGCUCACUCCAUUACAGCGUCCCCUAGUUUUUACCGCAAGUUUGGAUACAAGGCUGCUCCGCAUGAUGAGGGUAUAAAAUACGUCCUGAUUCCUGAGGGCUUGAGGGACUUCCAGUGGCUCAACGCCGUCAUCAAAGGAGAAAGAGUCUCUGAAGGGGAGUAUCGUAACAGGAACGCCAGGACCUACUAUUCAGGCCAGUACAAUGAGAGCCAAUUUUAUGUCCUGCACCAGGACUUUCUGCGAUAUGUACGAAACAGGUUUUUAAAAUCAGGCAAUUUGAAUCAAGGUUACUGGGCCAUUGUCCGACCAACUAAUGGGGCAUUUGCUAUUUUCACGGCUCUACAUGUUUGUGACAUAGUGAGUGCGUACGGAUUCAUGACUGAUGACUACAGUAAAUACUCCAACUACUACUUUCAAAAGUACCUGAAAACCAACGUCAUUUUCUUCGCCAACCAUGACUACAUUAUGGAGAAGAAUUUGUGGAAGAGCCUCCAUGAAAGAAAAAUAAUUAAGCUGUUUCAAAAAACUAAACCACAGGAAAAGACAGAAAAGCCUCCACCGCCCUGACACCCUGAAAACGAGUCAAACCAUUUACUGUCCUGAUCAGCAAUAUUAAAAACAGGUUAACUCUGCUGCAGGAUGAGCACUUUAAGGACGUCUUAGUGUUGGGUCUGUUUUAGUUCCCAACCUGCAAGGAGUUCCCAACUCCUUGGGAACUCUUGUUGUUGUGGAGCGUAGAGUGUAAUGCACAUCAUUCAUGAUCAUUUCUGAGGAAUCUGUCAAACUUUGAGUUGUUGGUUGACUACAACAACAACUUGUGUUGUUGACAACUUGUGUUGUCAACAACACAAGCUGUCUGGUUGACAACUUGUGUCAACUAGAGACACGAGUUGCUCUUCUGCAGAAGAGGGGAGAGGAGCCAGACACGGAGAACCGCAGUCAAACAACUGUCUGGGAUCAACUCACAGUUGAUCCCAGACAGUUGCUUUUUAUUUUCAUAACAAGGAACAGAGGGUUGGGUUUGUUCACAUAGUCACACAGAAAGUUUCUCCUGAGAAAUCUGCCACAGGAUGUUCUAGGAUGCUCAGUUUGAUAAAACCAGAAGAGUAAAUAAGCAUUUCUAAUCUCCAAGCAAAUAUUGAUAGAAGAAGAAGAGUGUGUAGCGUUUCUAAUCUUCAAGCAAACAUCCAAAGAACAGUUAAUAAUGUACCGUAAAAGAAAAGGGGCUAAAGAAAAAAAAAAACACAAAAGAAUAAUAAUUUUAAAACAUAUAAACUCAUAAUUUAAAUGAACUUGGAUAAUACUUUUUCCAACAUUCUCCCUCCUGUUUUUCGUAUUAUUAUUUACAGAGUCUAACACAAACAUCAGGAAUACAUUUCUUGCUGUCGCAUUUUCAAUGCAUCCUUCACAACGUUAGACAUUGGAAUCUCCUUUGGAGACGGAGGCAACAAGUUGGUACUGAUGCAUAACGUUUCCAACAAUUCUAGCUAUCAUUGAUUUUAAACAUGGGAUUAUGCAGGCAGUAAAAAUACCAAACAAUAAAAGAAUAACAAUAAGAGGCAUCAUUAUUUUCAACAGAAGAUGCCACCAUGGUCCAGAUAUAAUCCAAGAAAGAAAGUCUUCUAGUGAGGGAACUGAGUCCUUUAACGUGGCCUGUUGCAGGUUUUUCAAGGCAGACAUUGCUUCAUCGAUAUGUUAGUAAUGUACCAUAAAAGAAAAGACACAAAAGAGUAAUAAUUUGAAAACAUAUAAACUCAUAAUUUAAAUGAACUUGGAUAAUAAUUUUUGCAACAUUUAGUUACUUAUACUGCUGCACUUGAGCAGUCAUAAUGUAAUAUUUAAAAUAAAUCUGAAGACAGAGCAGACUUGCUAUAAAGGAACACACACUGUGUAAUUAGAUGAAGGAUGUGUUUUUGUAUGCAUCCGGCUAAAUGUAGCCAUUUAUUGAAAUAUUUCUUUUUUAGCUUUGAUGUCUUUUAUUCCUUCAAUAAAACUGGUCAACAGCCAAAGAAUUGUCUGCAGUUUUUCAACAGUUUUAGGGUAAUUUUGAUGUGCUGAAUCCAAAACUCACAUUGGUUUUGCUCAAUCAGGCCAACUUUCUGAACUAAAGGUGCAACACGAGCAUCAGUGUUUAUUAUUCAAUUUACAAAAAUCAGUUUGUAACAUUUAAUUAAUACGCUCUGUUAGAAAAUGACUUUUCUUUUCCUAAAACAUUUUGGGAUGAGAAAUAUUCAUGGAAAUGAACUGAUAAUGCCUCAAAAAUUGUAUCAAUUUAAUCAGAAGAUUGAAUUUCUCUGAAUCAAAUUGGAAUAAAAAGCCAACCUGAUUGACAAAAAUGGAUGUCAUUUUUCAAUUCACUGGCAUAAAAAUAGUCCUAAUUCAGUUGAAAAAACAAAGACAACUUCCAUCCAUCCAUCCAUCCAUCCAUCCAUCCAUCCAUCCAUCCAUCCAUCCGAUUGUUCUGAAUUGUUUCUCCUUUUUCUAGUUUGAAACUUUUAAAGCAAUAUCUUUUCCUCUGUUAGCUAUAUCUCUGUAUUUACGUGUUUGGUACAAUUACUUUAAUGUGUUUAAGCAUUUAUUACUAUUGUUUCAUUUUUAUUUAACCAUGGUUAUGAAGUUUAUUUUCUAUGGACUUUCAGGUUUAUAUAACAAGCACUACAGUAGCUUGUAAAACAACUUUUAAUGCACUUCAGUAGUCUAGCUUUGUGGGAGUUGUAAUUUUAUAAUCCAGAGUCAUUUAGUGUUUUGUGUUUAAAUAAGAGAUGAUUAAGUGUUUUAUUGGAUAGUUUAACAACAGAUGAACAACCUGAUCAUAAAAUUAAAAAGCCUCUCCUUCUUUCUCUCUAUUCAACCAAAUAGUUUGUGAGAAGAACAAAUAAAAAUAAAAUGGAGUGUUUGCAAACCUGCCAGCUAGAACAAAAGUUUUAUUAGAAAUUCAAACUGGAAAUGUUUGUUGAAACAGGACAGAAUGACUAAAUGUUCUGUUGUGAUCUUUUUAUACUUCGAUA